CAACUCCGAGCCAGGACUGUUUGCGGAAAGGCUCUCCCCAGUGGGUGUUUUUCACAUUGCUGUACUUUCCAUCUUCUCUUUAGUUUCCUAUAAAUUAUCUAACUUUCUUUCUCCUAAAUAAAUUUGAGUUUCCCCCCGCACGCACACAAUCUCACUGACAGCCCCAUAUAACACUUUUGUCCAGAGGGGAAAGAAUACGAAAAGGUUUGAGCGAGUUGUCAAAUUUGGGUUGUGAUGGCGAGGAGAGGAAGAGGAAGAGGAAGAGGAAGAGGCAGAGGAAGAGGAAGAGGCAGAGGCAGAGGUAGAGGCGGAGGCAGAAACGGGUCAAAGCAAGAAGACCCAGAAAGCCACAGAGACCAAGAAGUCCAGGAAACUCACGAGAAUGGUGUCUCAGAAAACGGUAGCUUGGAAAAGGAGGAGACUUUGGGGAAUCAAAGUGAUGGGUCAAAAGGGGUUGCUGAGACUAUGAAGAAGAAGAAGCGUGGCAGGAAGAGUAAGAAAGAUUUGGAGGCUGAUAAAGUGGAAAUCAUAAUGGGGAAGGAGGAGCAUAGUUUGGAAAAACAAAAUGGAGAGGAAGGGGAAGAUAAAGGGGUUGCUGAGACUAUGAAGAAGAAGAAGCGUGGCAGGAAGAGUAAGAAAGAUUUGGAGGCUGAUAGAGUGGAAAUCAUAAUGGGGAAGGAGGAGCAUAGUUUGGAAAAACAAAAUGGAGAGGAAGGGGAAGGUAAAGGGGUUGCCUUGUCUGAGAGGGAGAGCCGAGGAAGGAAGAGAAGCAGAGAUUUGGGGAACUCUGAUGAAAGUUUGAGAAAGUCAGCAGGUUAUUCGCUUAGGCCUGUAAAAAUUCCUCCAAUGCAAGAAGAGCAAACAAUAAAUAAGCAAUCUAAAGAAUUUGUUGAGGAGCAAUCCUUAAUGUGCCAUCAAUGUCAGAGGAAUGACAAGGGCAGGGUUGUUCGCUGCAAAAGUUGUAAGAGAAAACGAUAUUGCGUUCCUUGUAUACAGAACUGGUAUCCUCAGACAUCAGAGGAUGCCAUUGCUGAGUCUUGCCCAGUAUGCCGUGGAAAUUGCAAUUGCAAAGCAUGCUUGCGCAUAGAUGUACCUGUGAAGAAUUUGAUCCUGGAUUUUAAAAUUGAGGAGGGUGAAAAAGUUGAGCACUCCAAAUAUUUGAUUCAUACUUUGCUUCCAUUCUUGAAAAGAAUUAAUGAUGAGCAAGUUAUUGAGAUGGAGAUGGAGGCUAGGAGACAAGGUUUAACACUUUUGGAGCUAAAGACAAAAAAGUCAGAUGUAAAAGCUGAUGAGCGUGUGUAUUGCAACAACUGCAAAACUUCGAUUUUUGAUCUUCACAGAACCUGUCCUAGUUGUUCAUAUGACCUCUGCCUCAACUGUUGUCGGGAGAUCCGAGAUGGACGCUUGCAGGGAGGUGGGGAGGAAGUGAUUAUGGAAUAUGUCAGUCGGGGCCUACAGUAUUUGCAUGGUGGAAAGGAAAAGGUGGAACUGCCUCCAGAAACUAGCCCUAAGUGUUCUGGAAGGUCAACAUUUGAGUGGAAACCAAAUGAAGAUGGAAAUAUUCCUUGCCCUCCAAAGGACAUGAAUGGUUGUGGUGAUGGUAUUUUAGAAUUGAGAUGCAUGUUUCCCGAAAAUCACAUCAGGAAGUUGGUAAAGAAAGCAGAAGAAAUAGACGAAGCUUACAAUCUUAUGCGUUUAAGUGAAACUUUGGCAGAAAGGUGUUCAUGUCUCAACUCUGUGGAUGAUGUUGGCUCAAGCAGCACUAAAUCAAGGAAAGCAGCUUCUAGAGUUGCUUCUGAUGAUAACUAUUUGUACUGUCCAAGGGCUGGAGAUAUCCAGCGUGAUGAUUUUAAGCAUUUCCAGUCUCAUUGGUUCAGGGGUGAACCCGUAAUUGUGAGUAAUGUGCUUGAAACUACAAAUGGUUUAAGCUGGGAACCAUUGGUCAUGUGGCGUGCUUGUCGUCAGAUGAAACAUAUUAAGCAUGAUAGACUUUUGGAUGUGAAGACCAUUGACUGCUUGGAUUGGUGUGAGGCGGAUAUCAAUAUACACCAAUUUUUUACUGGAUAUUCAAAGGGCCGGUUUGAUUGGGAAAAUUGGCCUCAGAUUCUGAAACUUAAGGAUUGGCCGCCGUCUAAUUUAUUUGAGGAGCGCCUUCCUCGUCAUGGUGCUGAGUUUAUUUGUUGUUUGCCAUUCAAGGAAUAUACCCAUCCUCGCAGUGGUUGUCUGAACCUCGCUACCAAAUUGCCUAAGGAGCCUAAGGAUUAUGUAAAGCCAGACAUGGGGCCCAAGACAUAUAUUGCCUACGGUUUUGCCCAGGAGCUGGGGCGUGGAGAUUCUGUAACCAAGCUUCACUGUGAUAUGUCUGAUGCGGUCAAUGUUUUGACACAUACUACUGAAGUGACCCUUACUCCUGAGCAACUUGCUACUAUAGAAAAGUUGAAGAAAAAGCAUAUGGAGCAAGACCAAAGAGAAUUUUUUGGGGAUUGUCAGACUCAAGAUGACUUUAUGGAUAGUGGUAAUCCUGGCAGUGGAUCAUGUUCCAGGGAUGCAAAUGAUAAAGAAUUUUGUCUUGAAGUUGGUAAUAAAAAAAGUGGUACAUUGGUUCAAGAGUUGGAUAAAUCAAAUGUUGGGCAUGAUGGAAACUUUUCAAAGGGAUCUGACUCUGAAAAGAGUGUUUCAAAGGGAUCCGAGUCUGAAAAGAGUGUAGAGGAAAAAUUAGAUCAUGAUGAAAGUGGUGAAAAUAGUGAGCAUUCAAUAAAUACUGGGAAUAAGUUGGAAGGGUCAAAUGAAGCAGAAGGUGGUGCUUUGUGGGACAUUUUCCGGAGGCAGGAUGUUCCUAAGCUGGAAGAAUACCUCAGGAAGCACUCUAAGGAAUUCAGGCACACACACUGUUGUCCAUUGCAGCAGGUUAUUCAUCCCAUACAUGAUCAGACCUUUUAUCUGACUCUGGAGCAUAAAAAGAAGCUCAAGGAAGAAUAUGGAAUUGAACCAUGGACGUUUGUCCAAAAACUUGGGGAUGCUGUCUUUAUUCCUGCGGGUUGUCCGCAUCAAGUAAGAAACUUGAAGUCAUGCAUCAAAGUUGCAAUGGACUUCGUUUCACCUGAAAAUGUCAGCGAAUGCUUCCGCAUGACAGAAGAGUUCCGAAAACUUCCACAAAAUCAUAGGGCUAAAGAGGACAAGUUAGAGGUCAAGAAAAUGAUUGUUCAUGCUGUUAACGAUUUGAUGUCUUCAGAUCCGAAAGCAAGGUCAAAGAAAACUGCGGACACAACGCAUAAAAAACGCAAGCAUUGAAGAUGGUUGAACUGGGAAAGGUUCUUUUGAGCUGUGUAGGCUGCUGGAUCAUGCAUAGUGAUCUGUGCCAUAAGAACUAUUGUCUACCUUUUGCUACAUAUUAACCGAUGAUUGUGGCAUUUUGUCCUCCUUGAUCAAAUUUUGUUCUUGUUGCUCGAGAGUUUUGGAGUUUCUACUGAUUGGGUUAUGUUUUACAGUCGUGUAAUCUAAGUUAUAUAAGUAGUUUCUAAUUGCAUUAUGUGAAUCAAUUGUGCCAUUAUUUUGUGUAUUGUAAAGUGUAGACACGAUUGAAGCUCUAGUAACCGGUUUAGUUCAUUGGUCAUUCU